AUGUCCAGCUUACGACCUCUACAGCCGCGGCAGUCAGCGCCGCCACCGCCAAGACAGCCUUCGUUCAGCACCCCCGCGAGACCAAAGAUUUCUGCGGCUUGUGAAGCCUGCCGUAAGCGAAAGUCAAGGUGUUCUGGCGAUCGACCGGUUUGCAGACGUUGCCGAGAGAAGAACCUCGAGUGCGUGUACAAGACGGCGUCAACAGAGACGCAUUCACAGGCCCUCAAGAGAAAGUAUAUUCAUGUACAGCACAAGACAUCGCAGUAUGCAGAGCUAUACGGACUUCUCGCGACACUGUCAGACGAGGAGGCGCAGGAUGUUUUGCGGAGGAUCAGGUCCGGAGCUGAUGUCGAUACCAUUCUCAAUCAGAUCAGGGCUGGUGAUUUACUACUACAGAUGGCUCUUAUCCCUGAGACGAGGUAUCGAUACGAAUUUCCUUACAUCUCGGACAUGCCUGAAAGCCUCCUUCUCAACAAUCCAUAUCUUGACUCGCUCGUCUACGAAGCUGCAUCCCUCUACUCAGGUCCCGUCAACCAAAACAAUUUCACAGACCAUCGAAAUGUCAGCCUAUCCAGGCAUCAGAGCCCUUACCUUAAACCUCUUCACUCGGCCGAAGUAAUAGACCCUCUCCUCUCGGCUGUUAAACCAUCAACAUGGACCGCCGUUUGCGCCAACGACGCUCUGAUGAGGGAGCUUCUCAACGUCUACCUACGCUGCGAAUACUUUCCCCACGCCGUCUUCCACAAGGACUAUUUUCUAGAGGAUAUGGCCUCCGGGAGGGACGCGUUCUGCUCAUCGCUCCUAGUCAAUUCCCUUCUAGCCUACUCAUGCAGCUGCUACUCUGGGUUUCGCGACCGGGCUGAGUACUGGAACCCACAGACGCUCUUGUAUCGCUUCUUGGCUGAGGCGAAGCGUCUGUGGGAGCUUGAGGCGGACAUUCCUCGUGUCACGACGGUCCAGGCCGGUGUCAUACUCAACACGUUGCACAACAUCUGUGGUCUUGACAAGUUUGGGAGGGCCUACACCACACAUGCUUUAAGCCUUGCUCACACGCUACAGCUGUUUGACGACCCUGAAGAGGUUCAGGACCAACGCACAAGGGACGGGAGGUGCUUCACGGCGUGGGUGCUAUACAACUAUGAGACAUUCACUGCGUACCACUUCAUGCACUCUCCAACUCUCAAACAUCCCCCUAUAGUGCCUCUUCCAGACCCGCUGAAGGACCCACGAUGGUACGGCGAGGUGUGGCUCAAGUACCCUCUCGAAACGACCCUCUUCCCAACCCACUUCGGCCAGUUCUUCAAGGCAAGGUGUCAAUUUCUUCAGAUCAUGAACGAGGUCUGUGAGGUGUACUUUGCAGGCGGCGCACAUGUCACUUUGGACCAAGCCAACGCCUUCUACAACCGGUUUAGGAACUGGCAAUACGGUCUGCCGGACUGCCUCAAGCCCAGAUUCAUUGUGCAUCCAGGACAUUUUAACCUUCACUUCUACCACCAAAACCUCAUCAUGACGCUCUACGAACGAUUUGUCUCCCAGCCCGUAUCCCAAAGCCCUAGUCCCCAAGAGAUCGUGUCCCUAGCUACCAAGUACCUCUUGACACUGAUCCGCAUCUACUAUCUCCGGCACGGGUUCAACGAAACAGACGUCUUCAUCUGCCAGCCCCUCGCCCUGGUUGCAUUCAUGUGUCUAGACACCAUUGAUAAUCAGACGCCUGGUUUUGACCUCGAGGCCACCCGUUCCACCCUUUUCCUCGCCGCCAAAGGCCUACGGGAUCAAGCCCGCAGUCACUAUGUGGCCGAGAGUCUCUUCCAGGUCGUCAAGGGUCGGAUGCGACCAGAAGAGUUGAAUCUAAUGAGGGGCAUAGCCAGCAUUGAAGAUGUGCAUGACACGGGAACGAGAGGUCCUAUGCAGGCUGUUCACAGUGUAUGGCCCGUCGACAUCAUGAGCAAGUCGGAUGACAUCGAGGCUAAUAGUUUGAGCAGCCUGGUGGAACAGUUCGCCAUGGCCAGCCCUGAUACACAACAGGGACAGAGGGAGUUCAAUGAGCCAGCAUCAAAAUUGUAA